ACAAAGCACGGCCAUAGGAAAGCAGCCAUGUUAAGCCAGCUCCUAAUACCGUGUUUUUAAACCCGUUUCAGUGAAACAAACCGUUAAAAGUCCGUUAAAAGACUCCUGUCGGGACUCGGACUAAGUGUAAAAGACACCAAGAUGUCAGCGGAUGAUUUCCAGACCAAGUACUCCUCCGUCAUGGAGGGAAUGCUGAAGGGUGCCAUCGCAGAAACCACGAAACUUUUCGAAACUAUGGUCGAUGAGCUGAAGGCAGAGAUCUCCAAAAUCAAGAAGGAGAACGAGGACCUGAAAACAAGAUGCAGCCAGUUUGAGAAGACGAGAAGCGAACCGAGCGGAGACACCGGGGACACCGGAGAGAGUGAGCCCGCCGCGGGGCCGAGCUGCGGCGCGGAGAAACACGACCGAGCGGUUCAAUGUGACUUGGUUCCUUUUCGCACAGUGCUGGUGGAACAAUGUCAACCAUUGAGGCAUUCACUGCAAAACCAAGAGCAACAAUGUUUGCAUGACCACAACUACGGAGAGGGAUGUCCUCAAAUGGCCUUCAUACUUGUCAAACAAGAGCAGGACUCUUAUGAUGAUUGUUCUCCGCAGUCUGCCAUAAAGCAAGAGGAAGAGGAAGUUGAGCCUGCUGUGGUUUGUGGGUUAGUUUUGAGUGAUAAAUCAGGUUCAACACAAGAAUCUGCUUGUGGAACUGAAACUGAAGGGCCUCUCAUUAACAAGGAAUGUUCAACUGGAGGAAUAUCCUUACCCCUUAAAGAUGCAGAGGCCCGGUUGGCCCUAGAACUACCUUGUUUGAGAAUAAAUAGUGGUUCACAAGAAGCCCAGAACCAGUCAUCUGAAUUGGAGCAUUCAAUUGUCAUCUCACUUGCUGCAAUAAAUCACAACAUGGAAGAAGAGUCGGAAGUUAGUCAGAAGAUAUCAGAAACACCUGAAAACCCCCUAUUGGUCAUUGCUCAGAAUCAAUCAGAGGUUGAAUCUAUCGAAAAAGAGCAAACAUCAGUUGUUCCCCAACAGUGUCGAAGAGAAGGUGAAACGUCAGAAAUUGAACGAACUGAUGUCACUCUGCAACAGAAUACAGAUGUGCAAUCUACAAAGUCAGUACGACGUAGAGGACGGCCACCAAAGAAGGCUAAACAGCCAGCAAGAGAUACUGGUUCUCCUGCUGUUUCAGCAGCAUCUCUAAGUAGAGACUUUUCCUCUGAAAAGGAAAAAACAUUUAGAUCUCAACAAUCUUCCAUGGAAAUGGAAGAAGGGGCAAUUCAGGUUUCAUCUGCAAAUGAAACAAAAAACACCCCAGAAGGUCAGCCCAGAGAACGCCACACCUCCGUUACUCUUCAGGAUGCAAUGCUAUUAGUUGAAGCCAUGAAUCAGUCACCUGCAGAAAAGACACUCUCCUCUCCACAAAGAAUGGCAGCACCAACUCAAAACCAGUGUGCCCUCAGUGUGGGUACCUUAAGAUUUGUGGACAAGGUCCCUGCUGAGGUACAGACACCACCUCUUCCUGUUAAAAGUCAUAAGCCUGCAGGAAAUCUCGACGUAACAGAGAUGUCCACAACAACCCAAUCAACAGUAGAGAAACUUAGUGCUCCUUCAGUUACUGCAGAUGCCACUCCAACCAGCAAAACUCAGGCCCACAUUAAGGGUGUCUUACCAAACCAACAGCACAGGGUCACUCCAUCUAAUACUAUCACAUCUUCAUCAGCUGCUGCAGUUCAAACAAAUCUGAUGUCAUUUCAGCAACAAACUCCCCAUCAUCUGAUAACACCAGUAGCAGCCCAAAAUCCGGGUGAGACAGCAUCCCAUAAAAUUAUUGUCAUGCCAAGAACGUAUCAGAAAAUAGCAGCGCUGUCUCCAACCCAGCUUCCUGCUGUUGUAUCAACAGUUGUUGCUGCACAAAAGAAAAGUCUACUUUCAGGCUCUGCAACUACAAGCCUGCCUCCGGCAUCAGCUUCCCUUUCCCCUCUUCCUCAGAAAACAAUAUUCAUUACCUCAACGAAGUCGCUUCCUGUUGCCACUUCACAGUCGACCGCUACCCUAACAGACCCACAGUUGGGAACUCUAUCGCACCCAAAAAUAACAAUUAUAAUUCCAAGACGGAUGUCAGCUGUGGCAUCAAGAAUGUCUCAGUCUCAGGCCAUUCUGACAACCAAGCAGGAGUCAGCCAAAUUUGCUUCUCCUGUUACAAUGUCAUCGCCACUGUUGAUUUCCGAGUUACACGAGUUAAGCGAUUCUAUGGAUACACACAUGGCUUCAGACGAAGUGGUCACAAUAUCGUCUCAAAAAAGAGAUAAUACAUCAGACAGCUUGGAAUCUCCCAAACAAACUGACUUUGCUUCUGAAACAAUAGAUGAACCUACAGGAACCUCUUUUGGUUCAGUCUGGCUAGUACCAACGCCCUCACCUCCAGUGGUUCCGCCAACUUCUGAACAAAAAAUCUCUUCUGCUGUGGUCAGAUUAACCAGGCUUCCAGUUUCAGUGUCGGCCAAUAAAGCAGUCUUCGUCUCAAGACUGCCUAAAGAUGGAUCUUCUGAAAAUCAAUCCAUUUUGAAAGAUAGUGACACACAAGAGAAACCAUCUUCACCUUUGGUUAUGUCAACACAGACAUUAGCCACGGACAUUUGUCCCAAUAUAAGACAAACUUCUGUUCCUCUGUCUGUAAAUGCCCCUCAGGUGUCCGAAGAGCAAACUGAUAUUCAAGAGAAGGCAUCGUUAUCCUCUGACAACUGGUCCAAUCUGCAAGAGUCCCCUUACUGUAGUCUAUCUACACCACCCAGUGUGCCAGUCUUUGAGAACUCUACAAUUGCCGUCAAGACAUCUGAGCCUCCAGCUGUAGCUGGUAAAGCUUGUGAAACUACUCCUUAUUCAGAUGAGGAAAUAUUUGAAGUUUGUCAGUUGCCAUAUGAGCCAACUAUGGAAGAGAGACAGUCUGCCGCACCCAUACAGCUAAUUCCAAUCACCAAGGACCCUUCUGACCCUCAUCUACAGAUGACGAAAGCUCAGUUUCUGGCACAGCUGGCAGUGACACCUGUGAUGCAAGAACCACAAACGGCCUCCUCUAAUGACUUUGUACAUGCCACAAGUUCUCAUUCAGAGACCUUCACCCCUGACAAGAAGAGGUUACAGAGGAAAUCCUUAGUGGCCCGACUCCAAAAUCAUCUCAAAGCUCACUCAAGGGCAAAAAGAACUGGAAAUAUUCCAGAGCCACGCACUGAAACUGAGCCCCACACUUCAAACCCUAGGCAACCUACUUUAGAGAACAACAGUCCAAAUAACGAAAAAGCAACUUCAAAAGCUGUUCCUCUCAGCCCAGAAGACCCAAGAGCAGUUGAAGAUGUUACAUCUCCAAACAAGACCAAUGAUGAUCCGACUCCCAUGAGUCCUUUGAGAUCUGGAUUAUGUACAGGUAGUGCUAGAUCAAAGAGGACUGCUGAUGAACAAACUCCUGUCCCUUCUGAAAGGUUUAAGGCCACUACUGAAUCCACCUUGGAGACAUCCAGGAGGUCUAUUAAAGAUAGAGUUGCUGUAGGCUCCAAAACUGAAACCUCCACUUCUGUGAGUCCAAGAAGGUGUAGCUCAACUAAAGAAAAUACUAGCCCUAAAAAGACUCAAUCUACUUCUGUAAGUUCAAGGAGGCCUAGCCCAACUAAAGAGGCUAAGGAAAAUGCUAACCCCAAAAAGACAAAAUCUUCUUCUGUGAGUCCAAGAAGGUCUUCAACUAAAAUAAGUAACCCUAAAAAUACAAGGUCCACAUCUGUGAGUCAAAGAAGGACCAGGUCAACUAGAGAUGACAUAAGCCCCCAAAAUGGUGCUACCCCUAAAAAAACCAAAACCACAUCUAUGAGUCCAAGGAGGAUCAAUUCAACUAGAGAUGGUACUAACUCCAAAAACAGUACAAGCCCUAAAAGUACUAAGACCACGUCUGUGACCCUCAAGAGGAUUAGUUCUAGGAAAGAUAUCGUUAGUCAAAAAAGUAGUGAAAAAGGUGCUAGCCCAAAAAUGUCAACAAAUGAAUUGCCGUAUUUCUGCCGUAGGAGGUGUACCUUACCUAAAGAUGGCCCUAUCACAAAAGAGUUUAAGAGGGAAUCAAACUCCUUCAGUGCUAGAUAUAGUACUAGUACCGAUGGUGCUAGUACUAGUGCAAAUGCUAUGAGUGAAAUUGGUUUGGUUAGGUGGCCUGGAUUAGAUGAUGACGGUCAAAGUCCUAAGAAGUCAAGGGAAUCCACCCCUGCUAAAAAACCCAGAUUUAUUCACGAGGCUGCUAAUCCUCAAAAGAAUCUAAGAGUGCUGAAUGCUAAGAAAUUAGCUCAAGCAGCAAAAGCAAAAACAAUAGCUAAAAUGAGAAAUUCUAGUCAAUCAAAAAUGCAAAAUGUCGCUAAAACAAGCCAGUUAGCAGAGGGCCAUGCUAGCGGUGGGGUUUUGAGAAAAUUUACAGCUACAGCUGUGUGGAUUCCUCCAAUCUGUAAAACACCUCCAGGGCAAAAGAAAGAGGCGAAGUCACCAAGAUCGCCGGACAGUCCACUGGUUUACCCCCCAAGUAUUUCUCUCUUCCCUAUACCUAUCAGAGGACCACCUGUUGUAUCACCGUUACAGCCUUUAUCAGUCAUCGGUAGGCGUCUGCUCAAGAACCAGUGUGGGGAGUGCGGCCGUGUCCUAAGCAGUGUUGCCGCCCUGGAGAGCCACGUCCGUCUCCACACUGGUCGCCGACCUUACUCGUGCACGCUCUGCGGUAAGGGCUUUCCGGACUCAAAAGGUCUCAAACGGCAUGGCCGGGUGCACCGCAAUGGUAGAAUCCAUAUCUGUCCCGAGUGUGGGAAAGGCUUUGUCUAUCGUUUUGGCCUCACCAAACACCUCCAGAUGGUGCACACCAGGAUUAAACCUUUUAUCUGUCAGAUCUGCAACAAGGGGUUCUUCUCAAAGCGUGAUGUGGAAGCCCACAUACGGAUGCACACCGGAGAGAAACCAUUCCAUUGCAACCUCUGUGAUAAAAAGUUUGCGAGGAGGGUAGAACUAAAUGUGCAUUUAAGGUGGCAUAAUGGUGAGAAGAGACACUGGUGCCCAUACUGUGGGAAAGGAUUUUUGGACUCCAACAACCUGAAAAGGCACAAGUACAUCCACACAGGGGAGAGACCACAUGCCUGCCCACACUGCCCCAAGAAUUUCACACAGUCAGGCCACCUGAAAAAGCAUGUGAAAAAUGUGCAUAGAGCAUAAUGAGAGAUGGUUAUUCAGUAUACCACUGUUUUAACCCCAUCUUCAUACAGCAAUAUACAGUGUUGUAAUGUGACAGUACUUGAUUCAAAAGGGAUCAGUGAUUUUUUUAUUUUAUUUUUCCUUUGACGCGAUAUAUUUGUCAAACAAACGAACAAAAAAACGCAAGUAGAAAAAUGCAAUCCUAUUUAUGCUUCAUUUAGCAGAGGCGAAUUUGUUUUUAUUUAAUUUAUGAAGGAACACAUUUUUUUUUAGGAAAUUCUCUAAUGCUUUCCUGCUGAUUUAAAAAAAAAAAAACUAACAAACAAGUGCAAAGUCAAAAUAGAUCACAUGUAUAUUUUACAGAGAGAAACAACCUUAUUUGUAAUUUAAUGAUUGAUUUAACAUUUUUACACAAUUCACAAACUUUGUGAUGCUGUGAAAGAAAUAAUUCAGAAGUAGUGCCCUAUGUGAGAGAGGUAACUUUUAUCAAGUAAACAUAUUGGAGCAUUUCCUAAAAUUUCGAUCUGAUCUUUUAAAAUAAUUUCCAUUUAAUUGGUUUUGACACCUCUUUUUUUGUUGUAAAUAUAGAAUAUUGGCUUAUUUCAAUAACUAAUUCAUUUCUCAUUUUUGAUUAAAUCAGUGAUACAACAAAAUGCCCUGAUUUCAGUAGCAUGUUGGAACAAAUGAUGGAUGCAAAAUAAGAAAUGCACUUUAUUCCGACGAGCUUUGCUUCAUGCAGGGCUUAAGAAUGUUUUAGAUUGUAAACAAUUUCAAAGGUUAAUCUGGUAUUAUUUAUUAUAGAUGAAACAUCAGUUUUUGGCUGUAGUGAAAACCUCGGCGUACCAGAUACUUGAGAAAUUUAAAAAAUGUUUUCUCUAUGGAUACCAAGUUCAGUAUGAUAGUAUAUGUCUAAUAGAAAGAGAUAUUUAAUUAUUCUGUUAUUGUUUUUUUUUUUUGCAAGACACAGCUGUCAUUUUUACCAGCUGUCACAUUGUGAUUUUGGAGCAUACGGUGAAUGUAUGAUAAAUGAUUGGCUUGUAAGUAUUGUUGUUUAUUUGUAAAUAUGUUAAUAGUUUGAGUACAAUUUAGAUUCUUCAUAUUGCUGUUUCUUUGACAACUUUGUUACAAAAAUUGGCAAUACGUGUGCUGUAUUAUACAAAUACAAAUGAAAGUUUAAUGCUUGCUUUGGUAAAACCUUUGUUUUUUUUCUCAAAGUGCUAACAGUUUAACACUUGUUAGAUGACAGUGACCCGUGCUUCUUUUAGAAUUUUAAACCUUAUGGUAUUAUUUUGAAUUCAAGUUUAUUUGAUUGUAUUUCAGUUAAGUUGUAUAUUCCAAGUCCUGUCACUCGAGGAAGCGGGUAAUAAAGAGUUAAAACUAA